AUAUUACGUCAUGACGUAUUUCGUCUUUACGUCCCGCAUCGCGGACAGCUCCCAUACACAGUUAUAUUUUAACCAUUUUGUGUCGGAGAAGCUUCAGGGUGGUCGUAAAUAGGGAGCUGGAACGUCUCUGGAGUCGAACAUAUAAUGGAAAUGGAAAACGGGUUGUCCACAACCGGCGACACUAAGCUGGACCAGGCUGUCAGGCAGUGGCUACAGUAUGACAAGAACCCCAAAACAGCGUCUUUGGUGCAGGACCUGGUGAAGGAAGGAGCGGUGGAAGCUCUGAAUAAAUAUUUCUCCUCCAGGAUGGAGUUUGGUACAGCAGGUCUGAGAGCAGCCAUGGGCCCCGGCAUAUCAUGUAUGAAUGACCUCACUAUUAUCCAGACCACACAGGGUUUCUGUUGCUACCUGGAGGAGAGUUUUGGGAACCUAAAGGAGCGAGGGGUUGUGAUCGGUUACGAUGCCCGGGCGCACCCUUCCAGCGGGGGCAACAGUAAGCGCUUCGCCAGCCUGGCUGCAGCUGUUUUCAUCAGCCGAGGAGUGCCUGUCCACCUCUUCUCUGACAUCACCCCUACACCGUUUGUGCCUUUCACAGUUUCCCACCUGGGUCUGUGUGCUGGUAUUAUGGUGACUGCCUCUCACAACCCCAAACAGGACAAUGGCUAUAAGGUGUACUGGGAGAACGGUGCCCAGAUUGUGUCUCCUCAUGACAAAAGAAUCUCCAAGGCCAUAGAGGAGAACCUGGAGCCUUGGCCUGAGUCCUGGAAUGCAGAGGAAGCCUUGAAGAACCCCUUGCUUAAAGACCCCUACCAGGACAUCCACACACAGUACUUCAAAGCCAUCCAGAAACACUGCCAUCACAGGGAGCUGAACAAGUGUUCAGAGGUGAAAAUUGUACAUACAUCUGUGCACGGCGUUGGUCAUGCAUUUGUGCAGUCAGCUUUCAAGGCCUUUGACCUUCACCCUCCGUACGCCGUAAAGGAACAGAAAGAUCCAGACCCUGAAUUCCCCACAGUUAAAUAUCCCAAUCCUGAGGAGGGAGAGGGAGUCCUGACUUUGUCAUUUGCACUGGCUGAGAAAGAAGGAGCCCCAUGCUUGUUUACCCUCUGCCUGUCUCUAUAUGUCAGCGGACAGUGGCGAGUGUUCAGUGGUAAUGAGUUGGGAGCGCUGCUCGGUUGGUGGAUGUUUCGCUGCUGGAAACAGCAAAAUUCAGACGCUGCUGCUGUGAAAAGCCUCUACAUGCUGUCGAGCACCGUCUCAUCCAAGAUACUGCGUGCCAUUGCUGUCAAGGAGGGCUUCCACUUUGAGGAAACGCUAACAGGGUUCAAGUGGAUGGGGAACAGAGCCAGAGACAUUUUGGACCAGGGAAAGACUGUUCUCUUUGCCUUUGAAGAGGCUAUAGGAUAUAUGUGUAGUCCCUGUGUUCGGGACAAGGAUGGGGUGAGUGCUGCAGCCAUAGCAGGAGAAAUGAUUUCUUAUCUGGCCACUAAAAGCACAAUCCUUUCUCAACAACUCGCCACCAUCUAUGAAGAGUCAUUGGCAUACGGCUACCACAUCUGUAAGAACUCCUACUUCAUCUGCCAUGACCAGGAUGUGAUCCACAGUCUGUUCGAGCGCCUGCGCAACUACGGGGGCCAGAAGGACACGUAUCCCACUGAGUGUGGUCGCUUCUCAGUCUCUGCUGUACGAGACUUGACCACCGGCUACGACAGCAACCAACCUGAUAACAAGGCUGUUCUUCCCACCUCCCGUUCUAGUCAGAUGAUUACUUUUACCUUCUCUAAUGGGGGUGUGGCCACCAUGAGGACCAGUGGUACUGAGCCUAAAGUCAAAUACUACACCGAACUCUGUGCUGCUCCUGGUAACAGUGAUGUGACACACCUGAAGAAGGAACUGGACGACUUGGUUGAUGCCAUUGUUGAAAACUUCUUCGAGCCACAGAAGAAUAAGUUGCAGCCUAAGCCGGAGUAGCUCUGACAGACAAACAGUACGGUCACAAUCACUGUGAAUAAUAUCUCUGGCCAGCAUUUCACAUGAUGUCUUAAUUACUCAAGUCUUGAUUUAAUACAGGGUUCUUUUUGAUUUAUAACAACAUUAUUGAUCAUUUAUGGUGAUC